AUGGAGUUCAUGAGGAACAAUGGAAUUCAACAUUCCUUGACAGCGCCAUACCACCCAGCAACCAAUGGACUUGCUGAGCGUUUUGUCCAGACACUCAAAUCAAGCCUGAAAUCUAUGCAGGGGGAAGGGAGUAUCCACGAAAAUCUCGCAAAGUUCCUUAUUGCAUAUCGCACUUGCCCCCACACAACGACUGGAGAAACUCCAUCUAAACUCUUCCUGAGACGCGAAAUUCGCACCCGCCUGUCACUUAUCAGGACAAGUGUUCAAGACAGUAUACGAGCCAAGCAAUAUAAAUUGUACGAGCGGAACCAUGGAAGAGAACGUUACUUUGAACCGGGACAACAUGUUUCUGUUCGUGACUACAGAGGAACUGAUAAGUGGACCACUGGUCUUGUCCUCAGACGCCACGGACCAUUGUCCUACGAAGUAAAGGUUGGUGACAAAAUCUGGCGCCGGCACAUCGACCAGCUGAAACCGGGUGCCUGCGAACGCCAAGACGCUCGAGAAGAAAACCGCAGACCAACUUCAAAUGCCUCUGUUGCUCCAGAGCCCAUGGUAGCGGAUCGACCACGCCAACCAGAAGCAGAAGUUACUCCUCCGAGCGAGUUGCACACGACUCCUGCGAAUGUGCACGCUCCCAAUACAAGCAGUCUCUGA